CGCACGUCUUUUCGCUUCCGCAACACCUCAACCCUACGACCCUACUGCCUCCGCCGCGCCGCCCGUCGCUCGCCGGAAGGAGCUCGCCGGAGGAGGCUCGGUUUCGGCGGCAGAUCUGUCUUCCCUUGGCGGGAUCUGUGGAUUGCGCCGGCAAGGAGGCUUGAUUUCGGUGGUGGAUCUGUCUCCUGCCCACGGUGGACUGUGCCAUCAAGCGUAGUUAUGCCAAAAUUUCCACAUUCUGCUGCUACUACAGGAACAAAGAGGCGCAGAGCAAAGCCUCGUAAGAGUGAAAAUGAUCCCACUGAGGAUGGCACGUCGGAGACUGAACUUCACAAUGAUAAUAAAGAGAAUAAUGGUACCAGUGAAAAUUGUCACGAAGUUACUGUCUGCAAGAGACCAAAGAGAGCUGCUGCCUGCUCUAAUUUCAAAGAGAAGGCAUUUGACUUAUCUGAAGAAGAUUCACUCGUCAUGAUUAAGGAAAUCCGGAUUGAAGAGGAAAUAGAGGCUGUUAGGUUGACAAAAACAGGACCUGAAGAUAAGAAACCAUGCAGAAAACUCAUUGAUUUCAUCCUGCAUGAUGAAGAUGGUAAUGUGCAACCUUUUGAAAUGUCCCACAGUGAUGGUAUCUCCAUCACAGCUCUUGUCAUGCCCUUGGAUGAUAAUAUGGAAAAGGGCAGGGAAAACGGAAUACACUGUGUAAGAUUUCACCCAAUCACGGACUGGAAAAUUUCUGGCUACAAAGAAGGCACUGCAGCAAUUUGGCUCUCAACAGAAAUAUCUGAUUAUAAAUGUGUGAAGCCGGCAAGCAGUUACAAGUUUCAUUUUGACCUUUUCAGUCAGAAGGCUCGUAUCUGUGUUGAAGUUUACAGAAAGCUAGCUAGAUCAGUUGGUGGAAAUCCUUUGCUGGCCCUGGACGAAUUACUUGCUAGUGUUGUCCGUUCCAUUAAUUCUAACGGAAGUUUCAAUGGAACAGUGAGCAAAGACUUUGUGAUCUCAAUUGGUGAGUUUAUACACAGCCAACUUACUGCAUUGGAUCAUACAGUAAACAGUGAUGAUGAAAUACUGUCCAUGCUGCCUGCCCUUGUUGCACUAAGAAAUGACUGUAGAUCUAGGAUGCAAUUCAGCAUGUUGCCAGCUAUGACCUCAAAUGGCACUCUGAUGAUCAAGGAUGGGCAGGGUAAGGAGGUGAAUGAGAAUGAGGAUGAAGAUGCGAAAUUGGCAAGACUGUUGCAGGAAGAGGAAGAGUGGAAGAUGAUGCAGCAGAGAAACAAGCAUGGAACUUCACAGAAAAAUGUCUACAUCAAAAUUAGUGAAGCUGAAAUCGCCAAUGACUACCCACUGCCGGCAUACUAUAAACCACACAAUGCAGAAAUGGAUGAGUACAUAUUUGACAGUGACGCUGGCUUGUGUGUGGAUGAUCUGCCAGUAAGAAUACUCAACAAUUGGGCUCUAUAUAAUUCAGAUUCCAGGCUCAUCUCUUUGGAGCUCAUCCCUAUGAAAUCAGGUGCAGAAAAUGAUAUAGUGAUCUUUGGAUCUGGUUUCAUGAGAGAGGAUGAUGAUAGUUGCUGUUCAACAGCUGAGCCAACACAGUUAUCUUCUUCCGCAAGUAAAUCUGACCAGGGAGAUCAAGGAAUUUCAGUUUAUCUGAGUCCAAUCAAGGAAUGGGUUGUAGAAUUUGGUGGAUCAAUGAUCUGCAUAUCUAUUCGAACUGACAUAGCUUGGUACAAACUACGGCAGCCAACAAAGCAGUAUGCACCAUGGUGUGAAACUGUCCUUAAAACAGCAAGACUAGCUGUCAGCAUCAUCACCCUUUUAAAAGAACAAACUCGUGCUUCAAAACUUGCUUUUGCUGAUGUUAUUAAGAAAGUAGCAGCGUAUGAGCGUGGGAACCCUGCAUAUGUUUCAACAAAUGCAGCAGAUGUUGAAAGAUAUGUUGUGGUGCAUGGACAGAUAAUUCUUCAGCAGUUCAGGGCAUACCCAGAUGAGUCUAUUCAACGAAGUGCUUUUUGCACAGGCCUUGUUGCGAGGAUGGAAGUAAGAAGACACACAAAGUUAGCAAUGAAGAAAAAAUCUCAGGCAACGAGAGGAGAGAAUCUGAACCCAAGUGCAAAAAUGGGUCAAGUGUUAAAAAGAAAGCUUAUGCGUGCGACAACCACAAGGCUGAUCAGCAAGAUAUGGGGUGAUUACUAUGCCACCCAUUUCCCAGAGGACUUAAAGGAGGGAGAUGAGAAUGAUGAACCAAAGGAAAUUGAGGAGGAACAAGAGGAAAAUGAAGAUGAAGCUGAGGGGGAGGUUUAUGUUGAAGAUGAACAUGUUUUGAGGACCCCACCAUCAACACGGUCUAAAAAGCCCUCAUCACAGACUUGUAAAGAAAUUCAAUGGGAAGGCCAAACAGUUGGAAAAUCACUCUCUGGAGAAGCUCUAUACACAUGUGUUAAAGUUCGAGAUCUCAAUAUUGCUGUUGGUGGGGCAGUCACAGUAGAAGAUGAUUUAGGAGAAGCCAUCAUGUUUUUUGUUGAGUAUAUGUAUGAGAAACAUGAUGGUACAGGGAUGAUUCAUGGAAGAAUUCUGCAAAAAGGUUCACAGACUGUCCUUGGCAAUGCUGCAAAUGAAAGGGAGGUUUUCUUGACUAAUGACUGUUCAGAAUUCGAAGUAGGUGACAUUAGAGAGUCGGUGACUGUCAAUUUCCAGCUGAUUUCUUGGGACCACAAGUGCAGAAAAGAGCAUCUGGAAGCUAAUAGGCUGGAGAGGGCCAAGGCAGAGGAGCGGAAAAAGAAAGGUUUGUCGGUGGAGUAUAUUUGCAAAAGCUUAUACUGUCCUGAGCAAGGUGCUUUUUUCUCCCUCCCUCGUGAUAAACUAGGCACUGGAACAGGAACUUGUAGUUCUUGUGUGGAGCGAGGAGCAGUUAGUGAUGAAUUCAAAAUACGUUCAGAGACCAGCUUUGUCUUCAAGAAUGUUACAUAUACUGUUCAUGACUUUCUUUAUGUCAAGCCUGAGUUUUUCUUCCCAGUGGAGGGUCAUGGCACCAACAAGGCUGGAAGAAAUGUGGGCCUAAAGCCUUAUGUGGUAUGCCAUUUGCAGAGUAUCAUUGCUCCUUCUGGAUCUAAGAAAGCUAACCCAGAAUCAACCAAAGUCAGUGCAAGAAGGCUAUACAGGCCUGAAGACAUUUCAUCAGAUAAAGCUUACUCUUCAGACAUCAGAGAGGUGUAUUACAGUGACGAAAUAAUAAGUGUGCCUGUGGUGAUGAUAGAGGGAAAAUGUGAGGUUACAUCAAAGGAUGACCUUCCUAAUUCAAAUCUUCCAGUAGUGGUUGAGCAUGCCUUUUACUGUGAACAUCUAUAUGAUCCUGAUACUGGAGCUCUUAAGCAGCUACCGGCCAAUGUUAAGCUCAUGACCCUGACAAGGAAGGCACCUGCUUCAAAAAAGAAUAAGGGAAAGCAGAUUUGUGAUGAUGAACAAGCUGGUUCAGGAAAGGACACAUUAAUAUCAGAGAAGUGUCUUGCAACUCUUGAUAUUUUUGCUGGCUGUGGUGGUUUGUCUGAAGGGCUGCAGCUAUCUGGUGCAUCACAUACAAAAUGGGCAAUUGAAUAUGAAGAACCUGCCGGGCAAGCAUUUGGUGAAAAUCAUCCGGAAGCUGCAGUAUUUGUGGAGAACUGCAAUGUGAUUCUGAAAGCAAUAAUGGGUAAGUGUGGUGACGGCGAUGAUUGCAUCUCGACUUCCGAGGCUUCUGAGCGAGCAGCUAAACUUUCAGAUGAGCAGAUUAAGAACCUCCCUGUACCAGGUGAAGUAGAGUUCAUCAACGGUGGCCCACCAUGCCAGGGGUUUUCUGGGAUGAACAGAUUCAAUCAAAGCCCAUGGAGCAAAGUCCAGUGUGAGAUGAUUUUAGCGUUUCUGUCCUUUGUGGAGUAUUUCCGCCCUCGGUUCUUCCUCUUAGAAAAUGUUAGGAACUUUGUUUCGUUCAACAAAGGCCAGACCUUCAGGCUUACACUAGCAUCACUCCUGGAGAUGGGAUACCAGGUUCGAUUCGGGAUCUUAGAGGCUGGUGCCUUUGGUGUUGCGCAGUCUAGGAAAAGGGCAUUCAUCUGGGCUGCUGCACCUGGGGAGACUCUUCCUGACUGGCCUGAACCGAUGCACGUCUUUGCUAGCCCUGAGCUUAAAAUCAACCUACCAGAUGGCAAAUACUAUGCAGCUGCCAAGAGCACAGCUGGAGGAGCUCCAUUCCGCUCAAUGACAGUCCGAGAUACAAUUGGAGAUCUACCACCGGUGGAGAAUGGUGCCAGCAAACCAACAAUACAGUAUGGAAGCGAACCUGUGUCUUGGUUCCAGAAGAAGAUUCGAGGCGACACGCCUUCACUGUGUGACCACGUAGCCAAAGAGAUGAAUGAACUGAAUCUCAUUAGGUGCAAGCACAUUCCAAAACGCCCAGGCUGUGACUGGCAUGACCUCCCAGACGAGAAGGUGAAGCUAUCCACCGGGCAAACGGUGGAGUUGAUCCCUUGGUGCUUGCCCAACACAGCCCGGAGGCACAACCAGUGGAAAGGCCUGUACGGGAGGCUCGAUUGGGAGGGCAACUUCCCCACAUCUGUGACAGAUCCCCAGCCAAUGGGCAAGGUCGGCAUGUGCUUCCACCCUGAUCAGGACAGGAUCAUCACCGUUCGUGAAUGUGCUCGAUCUCAGGGCUUCCCUGAUGGCUACUGCUUUGCUGGCAACAUCCAGAGCAAACACAGGCAGAUUGGGAAUGCUGUACCACCACCCCUUGCCUAUGCUCUUGGGAGGAAGCUCAAGCAAGCUACGAAUGCCAAGCCUUGAGUGGCUCAAGUUAACUGCAUCAUUUUUUGGUUGGUCCAUGUGACACUUAGUUUAUGAUUGGGCCUUAUGUAAUCUGAGAUUGAAGUUAUUACAGGCAGGCUUGUCACAGAGCCGUUUUUUUGUGCAUCCGUAUGCUAGAAUGAUUGAUACCAGCAGGAUGAUUGGGCCUUAUGUAAUUUGAGACUGAAGUUAAUACAUGUUGGCUCAUCAUAUAAACUGGAAUUUGUGCAUCCUUA